AUGUCUUCCACGCGGUGCGGACACCUACCGAAAAGGGACUCCCUAGCCGCCACGAAGAACGAUGUUUCGGGAUCAAACGAAGAGCAUCAAACUGCCUUGCCCGGCAAAACAGCAGACCGGGUUUUCUACGAGCCCCAUUUGAAUGAAAUUCUGAGCGGAGGCUCCACGUCCUUGAUAGCAAGAUUGAAGCCAGGUGUCGUCCUUAAAUACCCUAGAUAUUCGUGGUGGCAUGCGGAAGCAGCGGAUCGCCAUCCCUUUGUCAAGGACAUUAAGCAAAGUUUCGAGGUUGAAAAGCGAAUUUUGGAUAUACUAGGUGCACACCCUAGAAUAAUACGCUAUAUUGGUGUCUUAGAGGAACCUCGGGGAUUGCUAUUCGGAGAAGCCAGUGAUGGUGAUUUGCAGACUUAUAUCGACCAGUAUCAUGAUAAUAUCGAUGAGUGUCUCCGAUUGAAGUGGUGCAUCCAGGCGGCGGAAGCUGUCCACUAUAUUCAUCAAAAGGGUGUCAUUCAUUCCGAUCUACGGCCAGACAAUUUCCUCUUACACUCUGACUCCAAUUACAGGCUCGACCUUUUGCUCUGUGAUUUUGGUGGAUCCACAUGUGGUGACAUCGAUGGUGGGCAUCUUCCCGACUCGGGCUUUUUCAACCCAUGCUGGCCAUGGGUCUCAACGGAGGCUGUGGAUAUUUUCAGUCUCGGGUCGAUCUUUUACACCAUAAUGACCGGCCAUUGGCCCUACAGGUCUCCUGGGCCAUUCAAAUCCCUAGAGGAGAAAAUUGACUACGGAGAAAUGGUAGAUGGGCUCUUUGCAUCUAGGACGUAUCCUCCAGUUGAUGGUCUACUUGGUGGUGCUGUGAUACAAGGGUGUUGGACCGAACGCUAUAGUGAUGCAGGGGCGCUUAUUCAAGAUCAAGCUUGUCUUUCGGCGAGAUAG